UGGAACGUCUUCGCGAGCCGCGCGUGCCUGUGCUUCCAAGCCCUCGGCAGCGUCAUGGUCCUCGUCGUCCUCGGAGUCGUCGCGCUCACGUACUACACGACCGUCGUCCUCGUGUACGGCCCCGCGGCGUUAGAUGAUCGCGACAACAACAACAACGCUGCUGGCGCGUGGGUCGUCCUCGCGAUCUACCACGUCUUGAUCGUCAUGACGCUGUGGAGCUACUUCGCGUGCGUGCUCACCGAUCCCGGUCGCGUCCCGCCGGGUUGGGCGCCCCCGCCCGAGGACGAGGAGGACGAACGCGUUCGAACCUCCAACAGCGAGAAGCGCCGGAGGUUCUGCCGCAAGUGCACGGCGUGGAAGCCGGAGCGAUCGCACCACUGCUCCGUGUGCGGGCGAUGCGUGCUGAAGAUGGAUCACCACUGCGUCUGGGUCGCGUCGUGCGUCGGCGCGUACAACUACAAGCACUUCAUCCUUUUUCUCCUCUACACCUUCGCCGCGUGCGUCUUCGACGCCGUCGCGCUCGCGUCCACGUUCGUGAGCUAUUGGGCGGACGUCCACGACGGUUCGCAUCGCGAAAAGACGGACGAGGAGAAGAUGACCAUGGCCGCGGUGUUCGUGACGUUCUUCGUCGACGUCGCGUUCGCCGCGUCGCUGCUGGGGUUCAUCGUCAUGCACGCCAACCUGAACUUCUCGAACAUGACGACGAUCGAGAUGUACGAGAAGAAAAAGGCGCGUUCCACGCUGCCGUGGCGGUACGACCGCGGGAAACGGAAAAACUUCACGGAGGUGUUCGGGACGACGAUCGCGCUGUGGUUUCUGCCGCUCCACAGCGCGCAUCAGAUGCGGCGGCUGCUGGACGUGAGUCGGCUCUCCGGCGGGAGCUACCCGAGGAUGGUCGAGGAUGGGCUCGACCCGAUCGCGCCCGUGAGCGUCGCGGGGGAUCCGCCGAGGGGUUCGAGGGGCGACGACGGCGAGGAGCUCGCCGCGUGCGGGCUGUGCGUCGGAUCUCGCGGCGGCGGGGUUGUUGUUGGGAAGAAGAGCGGCGGCAGGUCGCGGGACGCGUGACGAGGAGCGUCGGUUUUUAGAUCAGCAGCUUAGCACUCGCGCGGCGAUCGGAAGGAUGGACGCCCUAAUUAUGAUAAAUAUUCUAUUUCUCACGCACUCACGUCGAGUCGAGUCGAUCGAUCGUCUAGUAGCCCUAUGCCUACGCGUCGUCAGUCAUCCCCGCCGCUUGCUCUUGCCGUCCAUGAUCGCCUUCACCUCGGACGCCAUCCUGCUCUCCGCCGGCCCGUCCUCCGCGAGGUACUUUCUCUCCAUGAGCAGCUUCUUCUCCGCGCACGCCUCGAGGAGCCGGACGCGCAGCGCCGGAAUCUGCGCCGCGCGAUCCGCGUGCACCUCCAUCGCGCGCGUCGCCGCGUCGCGCGUCGCCGUCAGCGCGCGAUCCAGCGCGGGGAUCUCGCUCUGCGCGUCCGCGUCCGCCAUGAUCACGGAGUUCAGAACCCGCCCGCGCAUCGCGUCCGCGCUCGCGUCGACCGCCGCCUCCGCGUUCUUGCAUCGUCGCGCGAACUGCGACGCGAACGUUCGGUUCCGCGUCGCGAUCGGCUCCGCGAGGUCCGCGCCCGCGGAAACGCCGAGGUCCGCGCGGUCGCCGCCGGUCGCGGACGCGAAGCCGAAGUACCCCGCGUCCGCGACGCCGGGACCGGCGAGUUUCGCCAUCGUCCGGGGACGCGGCGCGCGC